GAGAUGCUGGCUAAGGAAUCGGGUGGUUCCACCUUCGAUCUUCCCGAGGAUGUCUUGCAAGUUCUACCGUCUGAUCCUUUCGAGCAGCUCGAUGUGGCCCGCAAAAUCACAUCCAUUGCUCUCUCGACACGUCUCUCUUCCCUCGAGUCAGAGUCCUCCGCUCUGCGCUCCGAACUCGCCGAAAAGGAUGAACUCAUCGCUCAGCUUCAAGCGCAGAUUGAGUCCCUCGACGCCUCCCUCUCCGACACCGCCGACAAGCUCACCCGUGCUGACCAGGAAAAGGAGAGUUUGUUGAAGGAUAAUGCUUCAUUGUCCAAUACUGUGAGGAAGCUUCAGAGAGAUGUUUCCAAGUUGGAGGUCUUCAGAAGGACACUUAUGCAGUCACUUCAAGAGGAUGACGAAAGUUCUGGAAGAAGCCCACAGAUCAUUGCAAAACCAACACCAACAGAAGAUGAUGCAAGCUUGCUAUCAAGAACUUCUUCAAUGCGAAGCCAGUUCUCCGAAAUGGGAAUUUCAUUUGCAGGGGAUCGUGAGACAGAUGCCUCAAGACAUGGCAUAUCACAUGGCCUCUUGUUAGUAUCACAAACAGGCACACCUCAACUAACUCCUCCAGGUUCUCCCCCAAGCCUGUCAGCUUCUGUGUCUCCAACAAGAACAUCUAAGCCAGGGUCUCCAAGGCGACAUUCAAUGUCCUUUUCAACUUCAAGAGGCAUAUUUGAUGAUAGGUCCUCCAUAUUUUCUUCUGUGUCAUCAGGCCAUCACAGUUCAAUAUCCAGCUCUGACACAGGAUCACACCAUGGACGCACUCGGGUUGAUGGAAAAGAAUUCUUCCGUCAAGUCAGGGUGGACUGUUCUGGUAUAUUCAUGAGUUUUUGCUUCCUUUAUCAACUUACUCUAGAUGCAACAACUUUGACUAAUUUUAUCAAAAAUAUUCUCAAAUUCUUGCAUCUUGAUUAUUGUACUGUCUCUGAAUUCUUGCCUGUGCUUGUGAGCCGGUUGUCUUACGAGCAAUUUGGUGCAUUUCUGGCAAAUGUCAAGGAGUUAAAUUCCCACAAGCAAACAAAAGAAGAAACGUUACGCAAGGCUGAGGAGAUUUUUGGAGAAGAUAACAAGGACCUUUAUAUAAUAUUUGAGGGCUUGAUGACUCGCAACCUCCAUUAGAACAUCUAGAUGAUACUCUAGCUAGGAUUCACAAGCAUGGGCUUUACCAGGUUGAGAUUUAGUUCAGAUUUUGUUGUUGUAGGGUAAGUAAUAAUGCCUGCUGUAUCCAAACUUGUGUUAAAAACUCACUUCUCCUGUUAUUAUAUCUUCCAUUUCAACUGUAAAUUUGUCUUCCAAAACCUCUAGCAUGUCAAAUGAACAUAAAAAACAAAA